AUGAAUGCUGCGGCGGAUUCGUACUCUGGGAACGAGAGAGAUUUCAUGAAACAGACAAUGCUUGAACACGAGGCUGUAUUUAAGAACCAGGUGCAUGAGCUUCACCGUUUGUACAGAAUACAGAGGAAUUUGGUUGAUGAAGUAAAAGGAAAGAACUUGAAUGAAGAUAUGAAUUUGAGUGAUCAUACAUCCGAAAAUGCAAGUAGAAGGCAGCUCCCUGGGUUUCUCUUGGCAAACUCGACGUAUGGAGAAGGAAACAGCUCUCAAGCUUGUUGCGAUGGCCGUUUGCGAAAUGGGUUUAGCUCAAAGGGUGGGGACGAGGGUAAACCUGUGAAGGCUAGGAGAAAAAUGAUUGAUCUUCAACUCCCUGCCGAUGAGUAUCUUGAUACGGAUGAAACUGGUGAUACCGAUGAGGUUACAAUCUUCCCUCCAUACAGACGUUCAAUAUCUGGAAGAGGGGAUGCUUCUCAUCAGAGCAACUCUUCGGGAUCUUGCUUGGAUGUGAAGAACUCGAAUGGCUUAGCUGACUUGAAUGAGCCGCUCAAGUGGCAAGAGCCGGAACCGGUUGCUCUGUCCAGGGAUAUGUAUUCUCAUUAUGGAAGAAACAAUGCAGAUGUUCAAGGUCAUUGGUUGGAGAAAAAUAGAAGUCACAAUGGAUGGAUGGUUGAUGGAGGGCACGACAGAAGCAUUCAGAGAGACCAGCUGCAUUUACCUUCCCAUUCUGUACAAGCACUCUUUAACCAUGCAUAUCAACCUCAGAGCUAUCCUACAACUGAUCAUAGCAAAUUCUCCGAGGAAAGAGCAUAUCGUGAGCUCGAAGUUCGUUCAAAGAAUCCUCAAGUUUCUUAUGACACCUACGUGGAAUCGAGUGUGGCAUCUCAUGCUCCAAGGUUACACAAUGACUACCGCCCUGAAUUUGUUAGGCCAUGGAGCCAAUGGUCUUCUUCAUCAUGGGAGAACCCUGGGAGCAGCAGCUCACAUCAGAGAUCUUACCCAGUUCAAACGAAUCCCUUCUUGAAUUUUGUCACACAUGCAAGACCAGAUUCGAGUUUUGAGACGAGGAGCCAUGUCUCUAAUGGGAUCUAUCAAGGAUUCUCUUCAGGUUCGAAGGAGGCUGCCUUUCAUUUCCCAUCAGCCGGCUUUAACCCAAAUGCUUCUUUAAAUGAGGUAGCGAAGAACCAGAGUUUUGAGAGCCUUCAAGGGCCAAAAAAGGAAUCCUCAGCUGGGUUACCCUGGCUAAAACCUAAGCCCUCUUACAAAAGUGAAAUAUCCAAUGGCUUCUUAUUGGAUUUGAAUGCUUCGACAACUGACGCAGGGGACGGCCUGAAUUUUGUUUCUCCUCAGAAUGGUUUGAGAUCUGCUUCAUGCUCUAACAAUGCCAUCAUGGGAAGAGUUGAGAUGAUCAACCCACAGAGUAGUAGAAACAUCCCAAUCUUUGAGAAGCACUCUAUUUGCAAGGAGGAGCAAACGUCCCUGAGCUCUCAUUCAUUAAGCAUCGCUGAUCAACGCAAGGAAGUAAAUCACUUGGUUAGACAAGACCUCGAUAUCAACUUGCCAUGUGAUGCCUCGGUUUCUGUUGACCAGCAUGUUGAAAAGAAAGAAGGAAAGAAAGCUGCCAACUUCAGACGCUACAUUGAUCUGAAUUCAUGUGCUAGCGAGGAUGAUGAAGAUUCCGGCUUACAUUCCAGCCUGAGAGUGAAAGCAAAAAGAACUAUGUGGAUAGAUUUGGAAGCUCCCCCCACUCUCGAGAGUGAAGAAGAAAGAGAGAGCUCGCAGGAGAAAUCAAAUGAAGGAGCUUGGGGAUUGAUGAAAGAGCAAGAUGGAAUUUCUAUGGAUGAACACAUCAAGGCAGCAGCAGAAGCAAUAGUCGCCAUCUCAUUGGCUGAUCACCAACGCCUUCCCGAUGACGCAGCUUCCUCUUCAACUGAUGCGGCUGCGAAAAGCCCGCUCUCUUGGUUUGCGGAGAUAAUCACUUCUUGCGGUUAUGAGUUUGAAAGAAAGGUUGAUGAGAGUAGUUCUCCAGAAGCCACAGACUGUGAGGGUUACAGGGAAGAAUACUCUUCCGGGGAGAUUGAUUACCUUGAAGCAAGGACCCUGAACUUAGAGCCGACCAAGGAAGAAGACUACAUGCCAGAGCCUUUAGUCCCUGAGAAUCUGUUAUUCGAAGGGGCUGGUUCUAACAGGCCAAGAAGAGGACAAGCAAGAAGAGGAAGACCAAAGCGGGAUUUUCAGAGAGAUAUUCUCCCCGGACUUUCUUCUCUAUCGAGGCACGAAGUCACUGAAGAUAUUCAAAUGUUUGGUGGGCUUAUGAAAACCAGAGACUACACUUGCAACUCUGGAGUGGCUGCUCGAAGAAACUCGAAAAGGAAACGAAUGGUCACUAACAUAAACCAAGCUCAAGUUUGUCCGUCAAUGGCGGCGGCGCAGGCGAUGGAAGAGAGCGUGCCAGUGGUGGGACUUGAAGACAGUAAGCUAACAGGAUGGGGAAAAGCAACAAGAAGACCAAGGAGACAAAGGUGCCCUCCUUCAGGUAAUAAUCCCGCAACAGUGAUCUUUACAUGA